AUGAGUAGUCCAUCACACGACCAGCCAGUCGAUCUGGUCAUUCGAUUCACCGCUGCCAUACCCGAUGUCGUGAUUAGGGUACCUUCUGCGAAACUCACUACACCACUGGGUCUGCGACAACAGAUCAGAUCGCAGUUACCUGCCUCGUACGCCGCGAACCGCCUACGCCUUAUCUCUGCAGGAAAAGUGCUCCCCGAUGCGACGGCACUUGCGAAAUGUAUCAAUAUUCCUUCACCACCACCUCGCGCCAAAAAUGAUGUAGCUGGANGCAAAGAUAAAACCAAGGGCAAGGCUCCUGCAGAGAGUAGCGUCUCUAGAGUCUACAUUCACUGCUCGAUUGGCGAUGCCCUGACUCCAGGAGACAUUGCUUCAGAAGCAGAGGCUGCCGAGAAGGCCGACAAAGCACUUCUGACAGAAACCAAAGUCGAAACCGCUCCCACGCCGAGUCAAAGUGCUGCUACUACUACCUCGUCCACACCUGCCCCGCGCGGCUUUGAUCGUCUGCUAUCCGCUGGCUUUUCUCCUGGCGAUGUAGCAAACCUCCGCGCACAGUUCAUGGCCAUUCAAGCACACACCCAUACUCCCGACGCGAUGCCAACUGGAGACGAGCUCCGAUCGCUCGAAGAAAGAUGGCUCGAGAACGACCCUGCAAAUGCCGCGAACGGAGGAGCAGCAGGCACAGAUGAAGAAGGUGGACUAGAAGAUAUGCUCUGGGGUAAUCUCAUGGGCUUCUUUUGGCCCAUCGCAGCUGCGUGUUGGCUGAUGCGCGAGGAAGGCAUCUGGACGAGACGUAUGCAGAUUUCCGUGCUGAGUGGGUUGCUGGUUAACCUCACCUUUGGCUUUUUGAGAAUCACGUCUUGA